CACGGCCACAACGCGCUCUGAUCGCCCUGGUUCACUCCCAUUCCGCUUGGACACCUUUCCAAACACACAGGUUAUGCCACCCCACAGACUGUCUGGAAAUCCAGCCGUAAAAGAGAAGGGCUGAUCCCAGACCCCCUGUGUUCCCGCUGCUGCGCCCCUCCCUGUCCCCAUGGCAACAGGAGGACAUGCCCCCGAGACAGAUGUGUUGAUCAACCUGCAUCAGGUUUUGCUAGAAGAAGAGAAGGGCUCCACAGCAGAGAAAGAAGAUGAGGAAUGGGAGAAGGCCUUGUCUGUGGAGAGGUUUGGGGACAUCAUUACGGAGUCUGCUAUCAAUGGUGCUGACAAAAUGGGCCGCAGCUACAACGAGAAAGACUUUGAGUAUCACCGGCACACAUUCCACCACACCCACCAUCCCCUAUCCACCCACCUCCCCCCACAGCGUUUUCGCAAGAGGGUGCUAAGUAUGGACCGUCGACGAAAGAAAAAGAGGAAGAAAAAGAAGACAUCUAUGCCGCCGUCAGAUGUCACGCCCACUAUUCAUGAGGUGGAUGAGGAAGAGGUGGAGUCGGAGACUGAGGGACAGUGCCAAUCAGCCACGCCUACCGAGCCAACUGAAGAGCUGCCACAGCUCAGUUUGGGAAGUGAGGAGGAUCUGGCAGCUGACCUCCCUCUCACCAGCUUCCAUAUGGAGAGUGAGAGACCCCCCAGCAGUGAGGAGAUCCCACCCAGCCUCGCCAGAAUGGAGGAGGAGCAGCAGGGAGCGCAAGAGCGACCGGACAGAGAAGAAAAGGAGGAAGAGGUUUCCAACAGAUUUGUCCCAUCUCCAGAGCCUGCCAGUAUGACAACACGGGGCUGGUUUCGCAGAAAGCCCGUCCACCGGCUGGCUGGAGCCCAGCGUACCAGCUAUGACCUACGAGAACGCAUCUGCAUAGGCAGUAUGACAGCCAUGGAGACUGCUGUGUACCAGAAAGUACCUACAGAUGAGGCUGAGGCACAGAUGCUGGCCAGUGCUGACCUGGAUGACAUGAAGAGUCACCGCUUUGAGGACAAUCCCGGGGUUAGACGUCACCUGGUCAAGAAAUCAUCACGUUGUCAAGUUCAACGAACCGGCAAUAGCUCUCCACCUCUGUCCAGUCUGAAGAGGAGGAAGAGGUUGGAGAAGAAAACCCAUGAGGUGUUUGUGGAGCUCAAUGAGCUGAUCGUGGAUAAGAACCAGGAGAUGCACUGGAAGGAGACGGCGCGUUGGAUCAAGUUUGAGGAGGAUGUGGAGGAAGAGACGGAUCGCUGGGGUAAACCGCAUGUGGCCUCCCUGUCCUUCCGUAGUCUCCUGGAGCUUCGCAGGACCAUCACACAUGGUGCCAUAAUGCUUGAUAUGGAUCAGACCACACUGCCUAGCAUUGCCCACUUGCUGGUCGAAACCAUGAUAAUCUUGGACCAGAUCAGAGCUGAAGAUCGAGCCAAUAUGCUGCGAGCCCUGCUGCUCAAACACAGUCACCCCAAUGAUGAAAAAGAAGGCCUUUUCCAUCGGAACCACUCUGUCAACAGUCUUGGAAGCUUACGGCACAACCACAAUCACGUUCAUGACACUAGCCUGCCCCUUGUAUCCCAGGACCAUGUGGAGAUGCAUGACACUAAGGCAGCAGAACAUGACAAAGAGGUGUUUGUGACCUUGUUUAAAAGCCUCCACCCAUUCCCUGUUGAGGGACACCCUGCCGCCAGAUCAAUGAAACUUCUGGCAAAGAUUCCCAAAGAUGCCGAGGCCACUGUGGUCUUAGUGGGGUGUGUGGAGUUCCUAGAGCAGCCUGCUAUGGCCUUUGUCCGACUGAAUGAGGCAGUGCUGCUGGAGUCUGUUCUGGAAGUUCCCGUCCCAGUUCGGUUCCUCUUUGUGCUGUUGGGCCCAACCCAGGCCAACAUGGACUACCAUGAGAUUGGACGCUCCUUCUCCACCCUCAUGUCUGAUAAGAACUUCCAUGAGGUAGCCUAUUUUGCUGAUGACCGGCAGGAUCUUCUCAAUGGCAUCAAUGAGUUCUUAGACUGCAGCAUUGUAAUUCCACCAUCAGACGUUGAGGGGAAAGACUUGUUGAAGACUGUGGCCUCGUUCCAGAAACAGAUGUUACGUAAGCGCAAAGAGAGAGAGCACAAAAAAUGUGGCAACACUGUGACAGGUGCCGAGCAGGAAACAAAAGAUGUGAGUACAGAUAAACAGGGAGAGGAGGACCAGUUCGAUGUUGACCCUCUCAAACGUUCUGGGAUUCCAUUUGGGGGUCUGAUCCACGAUAUUCGCCGCCGUUAUCCUCGUUACAUAAGUGACCUGAAGGAUGCCAUGGACACUCAAUGUAUUGCUGCUGUGAUUUUCAUUUAUUUUGCUGCUCUUUCACCCACGAUCACCUUUGGAGGUUUAUUAGGUGAGAAGACACAAGGCAUGAUGGGAGUCUCUGAGCUCAUCAUCUCCACGGCAACGGUGGGAGUGCUGUUCUCGCUGCUAGCUGGGCAGCCAUUGCUCAUUAUUGGCUUCUCUGGACCACUUUUGGUGUUUGAGGAGGCCUUUUAUAAGUUCUGCCAGUCGCAGGGCUUCGAGUAUCUCACGGGGCGAGUGUGGAUCGGGUUCUGGCUUAUUUUCAUUGUCUUUGUGAUAGUGGCAGCUGAGGGGAGCUUCCUUGUGCGUUACAUCUCCCCUUUCACCCAGGAGAUAUUUGCGUUUCUCAUCUCCCUAAUUUUCAUCUAUGAAACCUUCUCCAAGCUUAUUAAGGUGUUUCAAGAGCACCCUCUAAUGAAAAGCUACCCUACGGCUCCUGUACUGCCUGCUUUCACACCCAUAGACACAUUUCAAAGGGUCAGUGUGAUCGAGGAGUCCAUUCUCAACCAGCCCAACACAGCCCUGCUCUCCCUAGUGAUAAUGCUGGGAACCUUCUUUGUGGCCUUCUUCCUCCGGAAAUUCCGUAAUAGCAGAUUCCUUGGUGGAAAGGCCAGAAGAAUCAUUGGAGACUUUGGGAUUCCUAUCUCGAUCCUGAUUUCUGUACUGGUGGACAUUUCCAUCCCUGAUACAUACACACAGAAGCUGAACGUCCCCUCUGGUUUCUCUGUCACAUCUCCGGACAAACGAAGCUGGUUUAUCAGUCCAUUUGGAGAUAAACAGCCUUUCCCGGUCUGGAUGAUGGGGGCUUCUGUGGUCCCGGCCCUGCUGGUUUUCAUCCUCAUAUUUAUGGAGACUCAGAUCACCACCUUGAUAGUAAGCAAGAAGGAGCGACGUUUGGUGAAGGGUUCUGGCUUUCAUCUGGAUCUGCUUCUGAUAGUGACUUUGGGAGCUAUCUGCCCACUGUUUGGCCUGCCCUGGCUGACUGCUGCCACUGUGCGCUCAGUGACCCACGUAAAUGCACUGACUGUCAUGAGCAAAGCCACUGCUCCCGGAGAAAAGCCCAUGAUACAAGAAGUGAAGGAACAGAGACUGACUGGGAUGUGUGUGGCUAUCCUAGUGGGUAUGUCUAUAGUAAUGACAGAUAUACUUCGUCAUAUUCCUUUGGCUGUGCUGUUUGGGAUAUUUCUGUACAUGGGCAUCACGUCUCUCACUGGUAUCCAGCUGUAUGAGCGAAUCACACUCAUGGUUACACCUGCCAAACAUCACCCUGACCACAUCUAUGUUACCAAGGUGAAGACGUGGCGCAUGAAUCUGUUCACCAUCAUUCAGUUGUUGUGUAUCAUCCUGCUGUGGGUGGUAAAGUCGACUGUAGUCUCUCUGGCCUUUCCCUUCAUCCUAAUCAUGACUGUACCUCUGCGGAGACUCAUCCUCACCAGGAUCUUUGAGGAGAGAGAGCUUGCAGCGUUGGAUGCAGAUGAGGACACGCCCAAUUUUGAUGAAGAUGGUCAUGAUGAAUACAACGAGAUCCACAUGCUUGUCUAGACACAGGACACACAAAACGGCAA